GGAGAAGAAGGAGGAGGAGGAGGAGAAGGAGAAGAAGGUAGUGGAAAAGAAGAACAAGGAGAACAACACGACGACGACGAAGAAAAAGACGUGGGGACAAUUAUUCAACAUUUUGGCGUCUGCAGUUACGAAGAGUCCUAGUCCUACGCCCCCGUUGUUUAACUGUAUUAUUACUUCCGUGUCGAAAGCGACAAAAUGUCGUGAACCUCUCUGGCAAGUUCCUCGCGAGAAGCCUGCUGAAAAAAGAGAUAGGAGAAAGAGCUGGAGGAGGCGAAGGAGAAAGAGGAAGGAAGAGGAAGAACAGUACUGGGAAACGAGAGGACGGUUCCUGCCAACAGCAACGGCUUACCAAUAGACCAGAGUUGCAGAAGUGGAAGAGGCGUAAUACGACCAGGUCAAAAGGGGAAGGACCAAACUAAAGACUAGCUAAAUCCUAAAAAAGGAAACAAAAAUAGUGGUGGUCUUUCGGCUCUUGUUAAUAUUCCAAAAGAAUAAGUGUGCUAUUGUGUGAAGGAGCGAAAAAGAGAGAGAGAGAGAGAGAGAGAGAGAGAGAGCGUGCGUGUGAGCGAGCGAAAGGGUGAGAGAGGGAGUGAACGAGAGAGAGAGAGAGAGAGAGAGAGAGAAAAGGUAUAGUAAUAUAGUGCGGUGGUAGUAGUGGUUUGGUGCGUCGAGCCGAUGAUUUUCCCCUAUCGCGCGCGCGACCGUGGCACACGACGUUGAGCGAUCUCGCUUGCGCGCGCGCACACCCGCUGAGAAAGAGAGAGAAAAAGAGAACUAGAAUCGUAGGAGGAGAAGAGGAAAGCGCGUUCGAAGAAGAGGCGAGAGGUAGCGCGAGCGUCGAAUUACCGAAGAGAACAGAACAACGACGAAGUAGAGACAAGAAUACGACGACGAAAAAGGGCUACGUGUGUGUACCCGAAAAGGAAUUUCCAAUUAAUUCGUUCGUUCAUUCGUUCGCGCAUAUAUCGGUGAUAUCCAAUCGGAGUUGAAAGAUCCAGUCUUUGGAGUCGCUCGCUCGGUUGCUUCCUUGAAAUCGUGUUGUGUAGUUAACGGUGCUACUGUCGGUGGAGGCGAAGAAMCCCGAGCCGUGAACCGAAGUACUGCGGUCAACAAGAAGAGAGAAAACGAGCGAAAUAAAGAAAAAAAUAGAAGGAGUGUGAUUGGUGCGCCUUGCUCUUUCGCAUUCAUUCGGAUUGGUUCGCGUUGGUUCGCGCGUAAGAACCGUCCCGAAAACAUCGACCCCUACCUCCCUCUUCAGGGUACCACUGAAGUCGUUGCCGACGUUCCAUUACUACGAGUGUCUUCUCUAUCUCUGUCAGAAUAGAGAGAUAAAAAAAAAAAGAAAAAAAAGGAACAAAUAGACGGAAUAAAUAAUUAGACAAAUAUUCACUCUAUCUCUCUUUUAUUCUCAUUACGGUACGUACUUGACCGAGGAAAUAAAAAGAUAGAAAGAAAAAAAAAAGAUUAAAGAGAUUCGAAAAAAGCGGCGCUUGGGGUUUCCUAACGGGAGUUACUAGAUUUUGACCGCAACGCGUCGCUACGAUCGUGCGGUCUAAAGGAGAGAGCGAGAGAGAGAUAGAGAGAGGCAGGCUCGACGCCUCCGUCCGUAAAAUCGCGCCUUCGAUCGGCGAUCGCGCGUCGAGGGUUCCCUCCCCCUCUUCAUCAUCUUCUUCUUCGCUCUGUGUGGUAUCCUCUCCUCGUCCCUUUCCUUUUAACAUUACCAAUAGCGGUAGCAGCAGCAGCAGCCACAGCUACAGCUACUAAAUUACUACUACACACCUACCCAUAGCCACUUAUUACACUAUUAAAAUCUACUAUUACCCGCUCUUCUCAUCCGUUCAUCCAUCCGUCAUCGUCGUCUUCUUCGUCUUCUUCGUCAUUGUACGUCGUUGGUGUCGAUGGUGGUAGUGUUGGUGGUGAAAAAGGAGGAGGAGGAGGAGUUAGGAGGUGCUGGUAUAGAGGUGUAGGUGUAUAGUGUGUCGUAACGCGGAGGUGUCGCUUCGUUGUCGUCGUUGUCGUGUCGUUGCUGUCGUAUUUAUCGGUGUCGUGUCGUGUCGUGUCGUGUCGUGUAUGCGUGAGUAGUAGAAUAGAUUGGGGAAAGAGAGAAAAAGAAAGAACAAGACAAAAAGGGUUGAAAAAGACGAAGAGGAAGAGGAGCAAGUCAGCCAAAGGGGCUGGUGCUCGCCUGCAAUGUGAUAAUCGUUUGUACCGUCAUUGAUGUCCGAGGUGGUGUCGUCUAGGAGGACAACGCGUUAUUACCAGGUCCCUCCUUGUGAGGUAUUUGCGAAGAGAAGGAAAAGGAAGCGGCACGGGCGGGCGACAAGGCGGGCGACCAGGCGGCGGCCAGCGGAAGCAGCGCAGUCGCGCGAAUAGCGGCCCUGCCAGGUGGAGCUUCCUCAGCUCCCGGCUUCAGGAUGAGCGGCCGACCGAGGACCACCUCCUUCGCCGAGGGCAACAAGCCGCCCGCGAAUCCGCCCCUCGGCGGCGUCAAAAUCAGCAGUGGUACGAUGUACAAUCCAGGCAAGGAUGGCAGCAAGGUGACGACAGUAGUGGCAACUCCUGGCUCUGGUCCAGAUCUACCCCGAGAAGUAGCCUAUACCGAUACCAAAGUCAUUGGCAAUGGCAGUUUUGGGGUUGUCUAUCAAGCGAAACUAUUCGACACGGGAGAAAUGGUUGCCAUUAAAAAGGUUCUACAAGAUAAACGAUUUAAGAACAGAGAAUUACAAAUUAUGCGGCGCCUCGAGCACUGCAACAUCGUCAAACUAAAAUAUUUCUUCUACUCUUGUGGUGAUAAGAACAUCUUAAACGCAACUAAUCCAGUUUUUCAUGUGGACAAGGACGAGGUUUAUCUGAAUCUAGUCCUGGAAUAUAUACCCGAAACCGUGUACAAAGUCGCCCGACAUUAUAGCAAAAGCAAGCAGACGAUACCAAUCAGUUUUAUCAAGCUAUACAUGUACCAACUGUUCCGUUCUUUGGCAUACAUCCAUUCCCUGGGAAUUUGUCACAGGGAUAUUAAGCCGCAGAAUUUACUAUUGGAUCCUGAAACUGGUGUUCUCAAGCUCUGUGAUUUUGGUUCAGCCAAGCAUCUUGUCAAAGGGGAACCUAACGUGUCUUAUAUAUGCAGUCGCUAUUACCGUGCGCCUGAACUCAUCUUUGGUGCCAUUGACUACACUACAAAGAUCGACGUGUGGAGCGCAGGUUGUGUUCUGGCAGAGCUUUUGCUUGGUCAGCCGAUAUUCCCCGGUGACAGCGGUGUAGAUCAACUUGUUGAAAUUAUCAAAGUACUUGGUACCCCGACGCGUGAUCAAAUACGUGAGAUGAACCCUAACUAUACCGAAUUUAAAUUUCCACAAAUAAAGUCGCAUCCAUGGCAAAAGGUUUUCAGGGCGCGUACACCACCGGAAGCGAUGGAACUGGUAGCACGGCUUUUAGAAUAUACACCAUCUCUGAGAAUGACCCCUCUACAGGCAUGCGCACAUUCGUUUUUCAACGAAUUGCGAGAAGAAGGGACACGAUUACCAAACGGUCGUGAAUUACCACCAUUAUUCAAUUUCACCGAGCACGAGCUUAGAAUUCAGCCUAUCUUAAACCCGAUCCUAAAACCGAAAUACAGCAUGCAGUCUCCCGACAAUCCCGGCGGAGGCCAAUCGGAAGCGACGAAUGCUGCCGCCGCGGGGGCUAGCGGUAACUCUAGUGAUAAUAGCGUCAACACCAAUACACCCUCCACCACACAAACUACCGAUCCCAGCCAAUCGAACAUGGCUUAGAAAAAGAAACAAAAAAAAAAAAGAAAAAGAGAAAAAAAAAA